GUUUUGUUAACACUCGUCACAGGGUAUUUACGCUUGAUGUAUCAGAUUCCCUUAAUAUAAUCUACUAGACACCCAACCUGAAGACUGAAGUUGAAUAAGAAGCUCGCGUUACUUACCGACGACAACAGCCUCUCAUCGUUUACGUGAAGAUGGCCCAGUCGCAAUCAAACAUCUCCCAGUUGAAAGAUUUCUUGUCUUACUUAGUAACCGUUAAAGGUGACCUUUCAAAUAUCACCGCUCCGCCCUUCACCCUUUCACCUAAGUCGGUACUAGAGAUACCGGCCUCUUGGGCCGAGCGUCACGACUUAUUUAUGCAGCCAGCACAGGAAAAAGAUGCCGCGCAACGCUCUCUUCUAGUACUUAAGAACUUCCUCUGUAGUCUAAAGCGCCAGGUCUAUACUGCGGCCACUUCUAAAGGUUGUUCCGACGAUGACUGCGGCGACGACGGAGUCAAAAAACCGCUUAAUGCGUUCCUGGGAGAACUCUUCCUGGGCACUUUCGAAGGGAAUGACGGAAGCACAACGAGAUUGAUAUGUGAACAGGUAUCACACCAUCCACCAGUGACGGCCUGUUGCCUAUAUAACGAAAUUCACGGCAUCUCAUCUUCGGGCUACGUAGCACAAGAGAUAACUUUUAAUCCCGCUUCGGGUGUUCGGGUGAAGCAAAUUGGGCACGCGAUCAUCCGCGAUGAGGGCCACGGCGAAAGUCAUCUGAUGACGUUGCCGACCAUAGUGAUAAAGGGGCUACCAGUCGGGCGGCCGUACCCAGAACUAGAAGGCACCUGUUACAUAUCCUCAAGCUCGGGAUAUCUCGCAACCAUCGAUUUCCAAGGUAAGAGCAUGUUAGGAUCUGGGAAGAAGAAUAGUGUACAUGCGGAGAUUUCUAAUGUUCGGGACGGGGACAAGAUGAUGUUCGAAGUCACUGGUCAAUGGAACGACCGACUUACAAUCGUAGAUAGUACGAAUGGGAAACAAAUCGACGAUUUUUAUAUCGACGACGUGCCUCUCGCGGAGCUUCAAACCAAAUCUCUCGAAGAGCAAAGCUCCUGGGAAUCGCGAAAAGCAUGGAGCAAAGUGGCGGAAGGGAUCGGUGCCGGGAGUAUGCAUGUCGUUGGCGACGAGAAGAGUACGAUUGAAGAUGCACAGCGGGAGAUGCGCGCAGCCGAGAAAAGCGUCGGCGUCGAAUGGCCGAGACUAUUCUUCCAGAAUUCGGACCGUGACGACCAGGAGUUCGCCCUCUUGGCUAAGAUCAUUCCAGAUCAGACGGCCAGAAAUCUUAACCAAGAGCGGACGGCCGGGGUGUGGAAGUUCAUCGGGGUCGGCGCAGCUGAGGCUCUGCUCUCGGAUGGGAUUUUUCACAGGUCGUUGGCACCGACGGGACAAACCGAAUACUGUUAACUAAUUUUGGAAAUGUAAUUCAAGACUUCCACCUCAGAAGGGCGUUCUCGCUAGUGUCAUACUAUGUCACCGACUCUGCGGCUGUUCGCUGCGUAUUUCGUGCUCUGACGACAAUAUCGGAAUUGGAGAAGUAACAUGGAAAGAUACCUAGGUAGCCCUACAUAAACCGCCGGUUGGUUCUGUGCCACUGAGGGGAAAGGCACAGAUAUCGUAGGAAUGUCUUGGUGGGGAAUUCAUGUUACAAUGCCUCCCUUCGCAGAGUUGUAGAUAUCUCUGAACAAGAGUAAUACAUACAUCAUAACUACCUAAUUACAUAACAAUAUAACAUGUUAGGUAUCGAUAAUAGCGCUUGGACUGUGAUAUGUCAACGUAUGUUGUAUGUUGUCUGGUAAGC